AUGUCUAUGCUUACACAACAGCGAUUAGAGGACACGGCCAUAUCAGAGGUAAUGGGUACUAUUCCCAGAAUCAAGACAGAAGAGGACAUGACUACCAUAGUCCAGAUGUUGAUGGAGACCAAAUAUGAACCAGUGGAAACAAGCAUAGAUGAUCUUAUACACCGAGGUAUAAUUGAAGACAUUGCCUCUGUGAAGAGGGAGCCAUCCAAUGAAUUCAGGAAUGAAGAAAUACACAGAGACAUGAUGAUACAUGACACCGUUCCUACAUCCAGUUCUGUUUUAUUGGAACCCAAUGAUUCUGGAGAGACUCCACAUCUUCCAACCACAACUACUUGUAGAGCUUUAAGGUCCAACCUUUGUUUAAAAUGUGGCAAAAGCUUCGAAAGAAAGUCUGACCUCAGAGCCCAUGAGAAGGUUCACUCCUUGCAGAAGCCACACCAGUGCUCUACUUGCGAAAAGAGUUAUGUUAAUAGACAUGAGCUUUCCAUGCACGAGCGGCUGCACACUGGUGAGAAGCUGUUUGACUGCUCUUACUGCAAGAAGAAGUUUGUCAGGGAGAGUGCACUGAAGUACCACUUGCGGAGCCACACAGGGGAGAAGCCAUAUUCUUGCUCGCAAUGUGGGAAGAGCUUCUCUCGAAGAAGCACCCUAAACACCCACCUGCGGUUACACAUGGGCCCCCUUCCCCAUCAGUGUGAUCAUUGUGGGAAGCUUUUCAACACUGCGGCAGCCAUGAGAGCCCACAGGGCAACCCAUACCGGAGAGAGGCCUUUCUCAUGCCCGCAGUGUGACAAGAAGUUCAUCUUCAAGGCUGAGCUGGAAGUUCACCUGGAUGGCCAUGCAGGCAACAAGCCGUUCAAAUGUUCUGUGUGUGGGAAGGGAUUCCUAAGGAAGCAAGAAUGCAGUGUUCAUCAGACUAUUCACCAAGACAGUCGUUCCUUUCAUUGCACCUACUGCGAUAAUAGCUUCAAAAGGUUGAGCCACCUCACGUCACACCUGAAGAUCCAUUACCCGGAAUCCCCGCACAAAUGCACAUACUGUGAAAAGUCCUUCAAGCAUCCCAACAGCCUCAAAUUGCAUGAGCGUCUUCACACCGGAGAGAAACCCUACAGUUGUGAACACUGCGGAAAAAUGUUCCCUUCUUCCGGAGAUCGAACUAGACACCUUGCUGUACACUCUGAAGUCAAGUCCUACAAGUGUCCUGAGUGUGACAGGAGGUUUCGCUUUAAGAACAGUUUGAGAUCCCACCAGGUCAUGCACACUGGAGAAAGACCCUUCCACUGCAAGAAGUGUGGUAGGAACUUUGCUAGGCGCGGAAAUCUCAAGGCGCAUUCAGUGGUGCACACUGAAGAAAGAAGCUACAGCUGUUCUCAGUGCGGCCUGGCAUUCAAGUGCUCAUCUACUCUUAAGAGCCACAUGAUAAUCCAUUCCAGCAAGACCCUGUUAGACUGCACCACCUGUGGCAAAACAUUCACUCGCCAUGACACCUUGAAAAGGCAUCAAGACAUUCACGCAGGGAUCAAAGUCUACAAGUGCUUGGAGUGUGGGAAAUGCCUGAGCUCAGCAAGUUGCCUGAAGCUGCACAUGCAGGGUCACUCUGGGAAUAAGAGAAUGUACAACUGCGAUGAAUGUGAGAAGAGUUUUAGUUCCAUGUCCUACCUGCAGAAGCACCGUCAGAUGGCACACUCUGACGAGAAGCCGUAUGUGUGCUUUGAGUGCGGGGAGAGCUUUAACUCGGAUGGGAAAUUGGUUACUCACCAACUUCAACAUUCAGGACGGAUGGACCAUGUUUGCACUGAGUGUGGGAAGAAGUUUGCAAGGAAAGAGACGUUAAGACGACACGUUAAGACGCACUCCGAGGAAAGGCCUUACCAGUGUUCAGAGUGUGGGAAAAGAUUUACAAGGAGCGAUCAACUAAAACAGCAUAAAUUGAUUCAUUCUGAGAAAGUUUAA